AUGCCCCGCGAACUAGCCCCUGCUGAACUUCGUCAAGCUGCGGAUCUCGUGCAGUCCCGGGCGUCUCAAACUCAUCCCAGCCGCGGUGGCGCUCGCUUGGCUGCGACGACGCCUGGACAGAAGUCACGACGCGGAGUCAGACAAGUCCAAGGAGACCAUCACAAUGGACAGGGCGAGAACACACACGGAAAGCCAACAGGCGGGAAAGCGCCAAACACGGGGGGACCCCCGCUGGUGACGGACGUCCCAGACUCACCACACCCCAGCGAGCAGCGGCAGGACGGGGACGAGGAACAAGAGGAAUCUGGCGCUGAGGCCGCGGGACGGGAGGAGCGGGCGGCGGCGGAGCCGGAGCCGCGGGAGGGGCUGAGACGGACGGCGCAACAAGAGGCGCCGACGCAAUAUGGAGCUGGGGCUGGGCUGGCAAAACCGACUGCAGGUGCGGAGGGGGGGGAGCGGGAGGAAGCACAGGCGCCGACUGUAUCUGAAGUGAGGCAAGCGCAGGCAGUACCAGCGCUGGCGCCGGCUGAGACGGUGGGGGAACCGACGGCGGAGGCACCGCCGGCACAAGCGGCGGCGGAGGGACCUGCCGAGGAGGAGGAAACGGCCGCGGCCGCCAGGGCUGAUGGCGGGGAAGCCGUGGGUGACGAAACGGCUGAGCCCGUGGGCGGAGGUAGUACGGCGUUCGACCAGGGGACCUACCAACCACGACCUCACGGCGAGGGGCCUUCGCGGCCUUACCCGUCAUCGGCGAGGGCGGAGGAGGAGGAGGGGGAGGCGGGCGAGUUGCCAGCAGGGGAGGAAGUUUUGCGACCGCCAAGUGCGGCAGGAAGGGCGCGAGGAAGGGCGCGGGGCCGAGCCCGGGGGCGCACAGGGGGGCGGGGACGGGGGCAACGGGGAGCGGCGGUCAACGCGCGGGAACGGGUCAGAUCCGGACCAUGGCGGAAAAGGCACGGAAGGCCUGAGGUGGUGCCAGAGGAGGAGGAGAUCGCUGAUAGGCCAGCUGCUGCUGACAACGAGGAGGAGGAGGAGGAGGAGGAGGAGGCUUAUAUGGCAUCGGAGGAAGGAGAAUCGGAAGAGGUCUCCCUAGAUGACGAGCCUGGGGUGGGUAACCACCAGGGGAACGCCCGACCUGGGAGAUCACGGAGGGGAGAAAUUGGGAGGGCAGGAGAGGAGCAACAGCAAAGUUAUGCGCCAAUCGGGGCCCCAAUUGGCCAACCUGCUGGCGCGGAGGUGAGGGACAUGCGCUAA